ACAUUAUUAUUGAUACUAUUUUUAAAAUUACCCAUCAGUGUAAUCACUAAAACAAUAUGAAAAACUUCGCUAAACGCUAACAAAACAAUAUGGCGUCCUUCAUACAAGAACAAAAUGAAAUUCGCGAAGACUAUGUGGAUGAAAAUAAGUUCAAAAGAAAAUUUACUUGGAGAAGUGUAGUGUGCAAAACCUCAGUGCAAGGGUGGAUGUUUAUAGUUGCAUUUGCUGUGAUUGUGCCAGCUUUAACGUACUAUUUAGUUAUUAACAAAGGAUCUUAUAAACUAGUUGACACUUACACUUGCUACGUGAAUUCUACAUUCAGAGUAUCGUGCGGUAAAGUGAAUAUAACAGAACAUGAUUGUGUUAAUAUAGCUUGUUGCUACGAUAAACCUACUAAAAAGUGUUACCAUUACUUACCAUCAAGAUAUUCCUACGAUUUAGUAAAAGGAUCUUACAAAGCAUCACGUACUAGAUCCCCAUAUAGCACUUUAAAUUUAAAUAAUUUGAAGUUAUCAGUAAACGAAAUCAAUUCAGAUCAAGUCAGCAUCUAUGUGCAUCAAGAAAACGAACAACUACCUCAAGCUAUUCCAACAAAAGAUAAGAAUUAUGUCGUUAACAACGUUAAAGAAAAACUUAUGGUUGAAAUUUUCAGACCAGAUGGUGAUUUACUCCUUUCUACAGCCAAGGGACCUCUGAUUGCAUCGGAAAAUUACUGGGAAUGGACUAUAUAUCUAUCCAACCAUUCUAUAUUUGGUAUAGACCAAAGUUUGAUAAAGUUAGAUGAAAAUUCGACUCUAACGAAAGUGUUUUAUUUCAAUAAAAAUGAUCACAGUUCGUUACCAGUAUUUUGGGCUUACAAAAACGGGAAAUUUCACGGGGUCAGUAUUAACCACGAUGGACCAAUUGAAAUGGUAGUUUUGCCUUCUAAUAUGGUGGUGUUGAAAAGUUUGACAGGCGGAUUUAUAGAGGUGACUCUAUCGGUGGGACCAACUCCCAAGUUGUUGCAUGAUCAACAAAGGCAAGCUGAUGUGGAAGUACCGUCUUGGUUAAUGGGAACACACGUUUGCAAGAAGCAAGACCAAUAUUAUAAUAUGUCGUACCUGGUUGAACAAUUUGGACAACUAGAUUCUGAAGCUGAUAGUUAUUGCAUUGACGAAAAUUUAUUUAUGUACCUUUUGCAAGAUAAUGCUGACAACAAAACCAACGAGGCAUUAAAUGAAAUUCUAAACGAUCUAAGUUCGCAAGGAAAGAAGUUUUUGCUGUCCGUACCUCCUCAGAUUUUAGAAAACACUACCUUGUAUGACUCAGCAAAACAACUCGGGCUACUAUAUCGAUUCAACGAUACUAUAUACAGAGGGAAAUAUUUGAAGAAAGAUGUUGUUUAUCCAGAUUACAGUCACCCGGACAACAACCAGAAAUAUCUUGAAGAAAUCGACACCUUCCUUCAAAAAUACAUAAACAUCAGCAUUGAUGGAUUUAUAUUAAAAGACAAUUGGCCAGUGAAUGAAGAUUUCAAAAUGGAUAAUUCCAGUUUUCCUUAUUUUAAUAAGAAACUCCAAGAAGCAAUGUCUUACACGAUUCAAUGGAACGCGACAUUUAACAACAUAUCGCACAUCUCAAAACACAAUUUAUACGGACCUGCACAAUACGAUGCAUUCAAGAAGUACUACCAAACAAUCGACCCAUCCAAAGUAAUUAUAUCUGCUACAAAAUCACUAACCCAAAUAGAACCAACGAUUGUCCAAAAUGUCGACGUCUCUUGGAAAAAUUUAAGAAGCUACAUGGUCAAUAUUUUAUUUAACAGCAUAGCUGGUAAUCAUUUGGUGAGUUUACCAAUUUGUGGAGACACUUCUCAGUACAACGAUGAUCUACAAGAGUUGCUUUGUCUGCGUUGGUACAUCAUCUCGGCUACAAUGCCGUUUUUCAGAGUAUCAUCACCGCAACCUUGGAGAAAUCCCGAUGGGUUGAAAACCAAAUACGCUCAAAAAAUAGCUAAAGGUGUAGUUGAUAAAAGAAAAUCUCUUAUUCCUUAUUAUUACUCGAUUCUAACUCAAAAUCAACCUGUAAUAAGACCUAUGUUCUAUGAUUAUUACGAGAAUACCAUAACUUUUUCAAUGGACCAACAGUAUAUGAUCGGAGAUAAGAUGUUGGUGGCGCAUCCUUUGACUUCUGAUAGAACCAAACUAUCUAUUUAUCUACCGCCUAGGAUUGAAGUGUGGUAUGAAUUUUGGGGAGGAGAAGUAUUUAGAACGAACAAGACCAAUCCUUACAUUAACAUCGAUAUCAGACCUACAGACUUUUUGGUUUUUGUUGCGCAAGGAAGCAUCGUGCCUUUAGUGAAAGACGCGGGUAUCCAACUGAUAGUAGCGUUGAACAGCACAGAAAACAAAGCCGAAGGUUCUAUUCAAAUCGAUGAUAUCACCAUUACUUUCAAAGCAACGGAUCAGAAUGUCACAGUCGAAUCAAGCAAUGUGAUUGAUUAUCCAUUAGUUUAUAUAAAACUUUACUAUUACGAUAAUUCUACAAGCUACGUAAGCAAUUAUCCGAUAAAUAAUGUAAACUUGAAUGAAACUACAUUUAUUUACUACGUGGAACCUACAACUACAGAAGCAUCAACAACUACAGUGUCUUCAACAACUUCAACGACUACAGAAACAUCAUCAACUACAAAAGCAUCAUCAACUACAGUGUCUUCAACAACUUCUACGACUACAGAAACAUCAUCAACUACAGAAGCAUCAUCAACUACUGAAGCAUUAUCAACUACAGAAGAAUCUUCAACUACAGAAGAAUCUUCAACUACAGAAGGAUCUUCAACUACAGAAGGAUCUUCAACUAUAGAAACAUCAUCAAGUACUAAAACAUAACUACUGAAGCAUCAUCAGCAACUACAGAAGGAUCAUUAACUGGUAAAAUAUCAUCAAGUACACAAUUAUCAUCAACUACAGAAUCAUCAUCAGCAACUAAGGAAGGAAUAUUAACUACAAAAGCAUCAUCAAGUAGGCAACAAUCAUCAACUACAGAAGCAUCAUUAGCUACUACAAAAGACGUAUCAACUACAAAAGCACCAUCAAGUAGGCGACCAUCAUCAACUUCAGAAGCAUCAUUAGCUACUACAGAAGGAUCAUCAACUACAAAAGCAUCAUAAACUAAACUACAGAAUUAUAAUCAACUACAAAAGCUUUAUUAACUACAGAAGCCACUUCGGAAGAUAUAGCUUCAACUACCUACUACAGAAUUAACAAGUCCUUAUGAUAUUAUACUUUCUCAACAAUAAACUCCAGAAGAAACACCUUCAACCAGAGCAGAUGUAUUUGGUCAAUAAGCAAAGAAUCUUCAACGAAAACUGAAAAACUCCAUUUCAGAGGAAAUAACACCACCUAUUUAUCACAGGAUUACCAACAAGUCAUCCUGAUAGUACAGCACCAAAGCAAUAGUGUAGAAACUUUUAUAGCAACAAGUUAUUCUGGUAGUUCGUCAGCUCUAAUACUCUAACAGUUCAAUAUAUUUAAUAAUAUAAUCCGCUAUACAUUUAUAAUUAUAAUUAAAUAAUGUUAAAAAAAUAUAAUAUGUAUGUGUGUCUUUUAGGAGAUAAAUGAAUUAAAUAUAAGUAUAUAUAGUUAUUUUUAUGUAUUAAAAGUUUGUUGAUAU